UGGCACGUUUUUCUCCCGUUAAUUCCAUACCAAAACAAUUACAUUCUGUAUUGGAAUACAUGGGUUUAUUUUUGUGCAUUUUAAAUAAUUAACCUAGAACUAUGGAAAUAAAUAAACGAAGUUAGUAUUUACUUUUCUGGACGGAACGUCGUUUCCCAAGAUUUAUCUUCCAAACGUAAUCGGUAAGAGAUGAAGUGCUAUUAAUCUUUUUUGCAAUGAAAGGAUAAUAUUAUUUGAUAUUUAUAUUAACAGCACUCUGAUAGAAUAGAAAUGGAGAGACUAACUAAAAUACUGUUUAUUAGUACAAUUUUCCUUGUUUAUAUUAACAUCAUUGUUUGUGUAUAUAGACAAACUAUUUUCGACUCCUUGACUGAUUUAGAAAUGCAUUCUGCAAUUUUAACCAUGUCCCAUACAACAGACAUAUCAUGUGGAAGAUUCUGUGACAACUUGAACGGAUGCAUUUCAUUUAGUUUUGCAGCAUCGACAAACACUUGUAAAUUAUACGACACAGACCCAUUAAUCGCUGCGUCGGACAGUGUUGCAACUGAAGGAAGUACGUUAUACGUUAGAGAUUGCAAAAGCGGCUGGAUGAAAUUUGGCGAAUCUUGUUAUUUGUUUUCAACGGAACACCGAAGUUGGGUUUCUUCUAAGGCAUAUUGCGAGUCUGUGGGAGCACAGCUAGUCAAAGUUACAAAUGAUGCAGAACACCAGUUUAUUAGGCAGAUAAUAUCUAGCAAAGAUGAGAAUUACUUCUGGAUCGGAGCACGGUACAACAGCACGGUCGGAGAGUACCGGUGGAUUGACGGCACCAAUGUGACAUUUAACGGUUGGUCCCCAGGAUUACCGGGAACUCAGAAAGGCUGUGUUGAUUAUUUAAGAACAUUCAAUUGGCUUUGGAAUUCACACAGCAACUGUGUCAGUACAUAUUGCCCAUGUAUAUGUGAAAAAAGGCGUAUGUGACAGACUAUAACCACAAAUGGAACUUACAGGGGAAUACAGAAGGAACAUCCGGAAAAAGCUUUUUUGGAUGUCAUAAACAUUUUGUCUAUGCAUAUAUGUUUGUAAUAAAAGGUUUUGCUUAUUCGUUACGUCUGUAAAAUUGUUUUUACAUGCCUAAUCUAUAUUAUUUACAGAGAGUUAAACCGAUAUAAUGAUCCUGUACAAUAACGUCGCUAUGUUGAAUGUUAAUAUGUUCAUCUGGAUGUAAAGCCAAUAUCAGUUAAUUGCUAGAUUUUCAUUUGAUUAUAUCAUAAAAUGGA